AAUCCAAGCUUUCGGCCAAUGCAAUAAUUCCAUUUGUUAAUGUGUCUUAGCAUUAUCAGAGAUAUAUAUAAAAAUAUAUAUGUCUCUGGUAUUAUGAAUGUAUUAUACCAAUUAAAACAAAUAUUGUUUUACUUUGCAUAAGGUUAAAAUAAAUAUCGGCGAUAUUUGAAUUGAAUGACUACAUAUAUACCGAUGUUAAUAUAUGUUAUUUGUUUACUAGACUUGUUUAAAUUCUAUUUCAAACUCACCGGCAGUUCCAGGGCCGAUCUGCAUUCUAUUGUACACUGAAGGGAAAUAGUUCCGGAACAGAAACGAUCACUAUACGGAGUUAAGAUCUACUUGGCACUGGGCGAUAUUAGAACACUCUACGAUGUUCCGGUUUCUGCUGGUUGUAUCAACUAUUUUUGGAUUUGUCCUGUGUUUUCUGUCAUUGGUUUUACCCUACUGGGUCAUCUUUGAGACAGCUACAUAUUCUGGACAAAUAGGAGUAUUUUUUAUUUGCAUCAAUCAACAUGAAGGUGGUGUUUCUUGUAGCAGAAUUGUGAAAGAUUCAUACACAGUAGAUCAUGGGAGUUACAAGAUUCCGCAAGUAUUUAUGUGCAUCGGGUUUUCUUUCUACCUAAUCAGCGUUUUAUUAGCCACUAUGACAUUCUUCUGGACACAUAACCUGAAAAAAAUAAGAGGAAUCAAGUUUGCUGCUGCAUCAUUUUCUUUUCUAACAGCUAUUUGUUUGGUAGUCACUGUUGUUGUAUUUCACAAGAUUCAUGACAAAGAAACAGAAACUAUAAGUUAUGGAUGGUAUAUUUCAGUUAUAAGUCUUGGUUGUGUUACUUUAGCCUGUCCAUGUUAUAUUAUUGAUGGGUGUCAUACUAUUGAUCAAAAAGACGAAAAAGUUCCAAAAACAAAUACGGCUCCCAGUCCUACAGCUUUCACGGUCUAUCAAAGACAGAUAUUGAUAGAUGGCUUUAAUAAUCAAAUGUCAGAACAGGAAAGCCAGUUACCGGAACCAUUUUGCAUUGAAGACAAAUAUGCCAUCUUUUCUGACGAAACAGACAUAGACCAUCAUCCACCGAAACCAUUAACAACGAAUGACAGCGAUAACGAUACUAACGAAUUAAAGUCAACGACAUCUUCCGAGUUUAGCAUUAAAACAAUUGAUGACUGUGGUUGCAAUGAAGACAAUUUUGUUCAUCCACCUCCGAAAAUGGUAAGUUCAGAUCCCUUGUCUUCUGAUUUUAGCUAUAAAACAAUUGAUGACUAUGAUUGCAAUGACGAUAACUUUGUUCACCCACCUCCGAAAAUUGUCAGUGCAGAUACUCCUCUUAAAGACAUUUUACUCAAGAACUUACAACCUCAUUCCGGUAACGACAGGGAUAUAGAAAUACAAUCUGAGCUAUCACAUGCGUUACCAAAAGAAGAAGUAGUAGAAUUACAAUCUGAACCGUCAAAUGCAUUACCAACAGAAGAAACAGUAGUACUACAAUCUGAGUCAUCAAAUGCAUUACCAACAGAAGAAGCAGUAGUACUACAAUCUGAGUCAUCAAAUGCAUUACCAACAGAAGAAGCAGUAGUACUACAAUCUGAGUCAUCAAAUGCAUUACCAAUAGAAGAAGCAGUAGUACUACAAGCUGAGUCAUCAAAUGCACUACCAAUAGAAGAAAUGGUAAUAAAACAAUCUGAAGCAGUAAAUGACAAUGACACUCAGUAUACAGAUAAAUCGGCACCCAAACGUUCGAGCAGACGUUAUAAAUCAGGACAUAAUAACCAGGCUUCCGCGAAAUCAAACAAUACAAUUUUCAGAGCACAAUAUGGCACAAGUUCUCCUUACGCGAACAAGCCAGACUUACCAAGAGAAAAGGGGGAAAAUGAUGAUAAAAGGCAGAAACCUGAAAAAAAGUCUAGUAAGCGAACGAAACAGAAUUCAACACAACACGGUAAAACUAAACGCAAGUUAGGAGACAGUCGAGUGGCCCACAAAGAUUCAAAUGCAGCAAAAGAAGAAAUACCGAACGAAGCGACCGUUAAAGGUUUGUUUGGGUACAGCAAUGGCAACGGAAUCUUAACACAAUUCCUGAAAGAAAAUGAAACUUCUUCUGACUUGGUAGCUGAUACAUUUGAUGAAAACUAUUCUGGUAAACGCAAACAUAAAAAUGAAAACAAACUUUGCGAACAAUCUGAAAAGGAGGCAGACAGUUCGGUGUCUUGCAAAGAUUUAGAUACAAUAAAAGAAGAAACACCGAUCGAAGCAAAAACUAAAAGUGUUGUUGGGAAAAGGGAAUUUUUAUACAUAUAAAUUCUGAAAUACAAGCUAUUGAAAGAGAAAAUUAUCGAUUGAGACAGAAAUUAUUGUCAUGAAAACCCUCUGACGGUACAGAAAGUUACAAACUGUCGACAAGAAAUAAUACACAUGUACUCAAAGUGAAAAAUAAAGUCUGAAUACAGGAUUUGCAACACAACUAAUUGCUAAAGGAAAAGCAGUAGGUAUUUUCAUUAAGCUUUCCAUUUUGUCUCUGGUAUUAAAGAGUUGAUACUCAUUUCACAGCUUUUUAUUGCAGCAUGUAUUGACAACGAUAGAUAAACAUCUACGUAUUGAUCUUGCAUUCAAAUUGGUGCAUUAAUUGAUAAAAAAAAAUCGACGAGUGUUUACUUGUAUUUGUUUAAAUGUCUUUUUUGUCGAGUUCAACCGUUUCAGUUGAAAUUUUAUAGUGUGUAUUUUAAUGUUGUAGCGUUGCACUACUGUUUCAAUUUAUGGUGUAAAAGCGUUCCAACCUGCUGCAUGUUUAUGCACCUGUCUUAAGUCAGGAGCCUUUGUUCAAUGCUUGUCGUUUGUUGAUAUGGCUCAUAGGUCCAUCUCGUUUCUGCUUUUUAUACACACCGUUACUUUUUCUGUUUGCCCUUUAUAGAAAAAAAUAAAACAAUGAGCUCCAAGGAAAAUUCAAAACGGGAAGUCCCUAAUCAAAUGGCAAAAUCGAAUAGUAAAACACAUCAAACAAAUGGACAACAUCUCUCGUAUUCUUGGUUUGGUACAGGCAUUUUCAAGUGUAGAUAAUGGCGAAUUGAACCUGGUUUUAUAGCGCUAAACCUCCCACGUGUAUGACAGUUGCAUCAAAUUCCGUUAUAUAUUCAAUGAUGUGUGACCAAAACAGGCACAUAGCUUGCUGUUCGCCUCAGGCAAGGUUCCGUUUUGUAGUCCGUAAUUUUGCCUAUAAUUGUAAUUUGUUAUCAUUAGUGAUUUCGAUUGGUCUUAUUGGCACUCAUGCCACAUCUUAUUAAUAUCCGGAUGCUUUUCCUUACUCUUAAGAGCUUGCUUAUUUGUCUUGACUAUAUGUUUGUGUGCAUAGAUAAGAGGAGAAAUAGUAUUGUAUUCGAAUGAAUGUCGUGCAUGCAUGUAGAAUUAAAUGAUCUGUUUUUUCUUUUAUUUCCUUGUGUUUUGACUAGUCUGAACUAGUAUAGGGUCAUCGUGUUAUCAUUAAUUUAUGUCAUAUGUCAUAAAAAGUUCCUAUGAUAGACGAAAUAGAUUUUGACUUUUGGUAUAAAAAUUGAAGAAAAAAUGCUGAGGACCUGCUAUGAUAUCCCAAUCUAUUAUACCAUGAAUACGUCUGGCGUAUAUACUAAAUUUAGUUGUGGUAUCUAUGAUGAGUUUAUUUACAACCACUGGAUCGAUGCCACUGCUGGUGGAGAUUUAUUUCUCCGAGAGUAUCACAAGCCCAGUACUCAGCAAUUUUGGUGCUGACAUGAAUUGUCGUU